UCGUUCAGUUUCAAACGUACUACAGAUAGAGCAACAACAAUAGGCACGCAACUUAGCAUACCGAAAUAAAAACUGCUGUUAUCCGCAUUAGAAAAUACCUGUUUACGCAAUUUUCUUAUUAAAAUGUUGCGUCUAAUGUCGUGGACAUUAAGUCUCAUGUGUUGUUUGUUGGUAAUCAAUUGUGGUGACGCUGCUCCAAUCGACAUCGUCAACGAGGCAAUGGUACAGCAUAAAUUUGAUGCGGAAACCUUGAAAGGGACGAGUGAAACGCGUUGCGGGGUUACAGAUGGAGUUCAUCUAGGUUUCUCCACUCGUCAGAAACGAUUCGUUCUUGAAGGGAAUCGUUGGCCUAAUAAACAAAUAACUUAUACCAUUAAGCAAUACACGACGGAUAUGAGCAAAGACGACGUUGAUCGUGAAAUCGCCAAAGCGUUUCAGAUGUGGGCGGACGUGGCCGAUUUGACCUUUGUCCAUCUUAACGAAUCGUCUACUGUCGACAUCGAAAUCCUGUUUGUGUCUGCUGUGUUUGAUGGUCCAGGAGGUGUUUUAGGUAAGAGUUCUUAUCCCAGAGAAGGAGCCUUUGUUCAUUUUGACGAAAGCGAAACAUGGACGCAAAACUCCGACAAAGAGACGAGUUUAUUCCAAGUGGCUACUCAUCAGUUCGGUCACACUUUGGGACUGAGACAUUCAAGCGUGAGAACGGCUGUAAUGUCCCCAAUUUACGAUUACAGCCCUGAUUUUAAAUUAGAUAAGGACGACAUUGAAGGCAUUCAGGCACUGUAUGGGGAAAAUCCUUUGUCGAAAUCGAAGACGAAGGAAUGAAAGGAUCGGUGGUGCCGGCCCUUCGUGUUGUCUCGUUCAAUGAAUUCCGAUUGCACCAAUAUUUUUCCACUUUCCCUGUUCUAUUUCUUUCCAUUACGCUUUUUUUUUCAUUCUUUCCUUUAAGACUUGUUUUCGACAUUUUCCUCGUUAAUUAAAAAUAAACGUUUUCCCUUAGAA